UCGUGUCGCCCAUUGUUAUCCUCGUCGCGUGUAAUGGCUACCGCAGAGUUUGUUGACGGUACUCGGUCUGAUUGUUUGCGCUACGGCCUAUCCUGAGCCACGGUACGCGGCGACGUGGCCCAACCGGACGAGAAUAAAAUCGAGAGGAAUCGUACGCCGCGAGGUACCGCCAAUUUUAUGCGACCGAGAAACCCGCGCUUCGUGCACCAGUCGCCGCAGCCGCCACCGCGCUUGGACGACAUGAUCUGCGCGGGUCAACGCUGCUCGUUGACAAGCGUGUAACAGAAAAACUGGUACCGGGACAUCCACGAGGUGCGAGAUAUCAACGGUGUUGUGACUGCCGUGAAUUUUAACGGAAUAUAACGUACCAAGGAAGCGCAUUGAAGCUCGAUAAUCGAUCGCCAUUGAUUUUCCGUCGCGACCACGGCCCAACCGACACGAGGAACUCGUUCUCGGAUGUUGUAUAGGACGAUAGACCGAAACCAGUUACCAAGGUAUUGCCUUCGUCAGGAUUAAGUGUGACCAGCUGCGCGGCAUUCCGCGCCGCAGUCAUGGCAACUAGAAGAUCAUCCGUUUGGCAGCCAGACAUGUAACCCGCGGCGCCCGUGUAGACUAUCACAUGGUCAAAGGCAACACAUCAAUGGCCCUAGAAUCAAAUGGCAACAACGUGGUGUGGUUGAACACAACCCGUCCUGAUCAAAUACAACAGAGCCAACCGAUCGAGCAGCCAGUGAAGUGUUCCAUGUUUACUCAAACCGAGCAAACCAAUAGUUUUACUCAGACGGAGCAGAGCAAUUCGAGCUACGGCGAUCAGAGACAGCAGCAGGCAGCAAUGUUUGACCCUCAACAAAUACAGCAGCAGCAAGCUGCGCAGGGUCAACAGUCACAGCAACAGCAACAACAGCAACAGUCUCAGCAGAUGUAUGUUACGACAGAUAAGAAGGAGGACAAAUCCCAGCAGCAAUCGGCUACUGCAGAGUUCCCUUUCUAUUACAAUGUCAACAUGCUGCAAAAGGUUCAGACAAACGCAGUGAGCACAAUUGGUGCAAUCACUACAGAUGACAAAGGUUGUUAUCGUUUUGAUGUGCAACCUGUUGGUUACAAUACAUUACUGAACCAGAUGAGUAUUGCGGCUGCUACCAACGCGACCUUCAAAUGUGACCUGUGUGGUUUAGUCUUUGGACACAUGAGCUUACUGAAUCAUCACAAACGGAUUCACAAUACAACGCCUAGUAAUCUUCAACAACAACCACAGCAAGUUGUUGUGCAAACACCAACAACAGUUACUGUUGCAACUACACCAGAGAGACCAUAUACCUGUGAUAUAUGCGGAGCAUGCUUUGCCCUACCAGGAGAAUUGAAGAGCCAUAAAACAAAUAUGCACCAGAAACCAAAGGUGCAGAUUUGCGAAGAUUGUGGUAGCGAGGAUCCUUGCGAACAUCAUCCCACUAAAAUGAAAAAGACUAUCAAACCUGGUCAUCAUCCUGUAAAACGAAGGGGUGUUACCAGUGUUACCAAGUGUCACAAGUGUAAUGGUACAGGAAUAAUUUUUAUUGGUGGCAAACAGAACAGUCAAAAUCAGGCAGAGAAACCGUUUCAUUGUAAUGUGUGCGAUGGAACAUUCUCCCGAUAUUCGUCACUGUGGUCCCAUAAGAGACUUCAUUCUGGGGACAAACCUUUCAAGUGUGAUAUUUGUGGCUUAGCUUUUGCAAAAGCUGCUUAUCUGAAAAAUCAUGGACGAGUGCAUACUGGUGAAAAACCAUUCAAAUGCAGUGUUUGUGGUAUGCAGUUCUCGCAAAGUCCUCAUUUAAAGAAUCACGAAAGAAUUCAUUCUGGUGAACGCCCCUAUCAGUGUGAAGUGUGUGAAAAAACAUUUGCCAGACAUUCGACCCUUUGGAAUCACAGAAGAAUUCAUACCGGUGAAAAACCUUACAAAUGUAGUAUAUGUGGUUCGGCCUUUAAUCAAGCUACACAUCUGAAAAAUCACGCGAAGGUCCAUACUGGUGAAAAGCCACACAGAUGUGAUAUAUGUGAGAUCGGAUUCUCCGAUCGUUUCGCAUUAAAGCGUCAUCGUGCAAUUCACGAAAAGUACGGUCAAACAGCACGGAAUCAGAACACGAACAAUGCAAAUAACGCACAGCAACCGAACGCGAGCAAUCAGCAGCAACAGCAGCAGCAGCAGCCCCAACAAGCGCAGCAAGGUCAACAGGUUGUCGUGGUGAAUACCACAACUCCCGUUACCGUCAGCCAAGGUCAAGGGCAAGCGGUAAUGCUCGAAGAAGUCUACAAGUGUCAGGUCGAAGAGGAGGGCUCUGACCGUUACGUUUUACGAAGCGACUCACUUUCGUUCGAUUAACCGAGUGAAAGCAUGAAAACAUAGUUCUUAAUCCGUUGGACACCGAUGAAUCGCAUUUACCACACACUUCGUCGUAAAAAUCCAAAAAAUUGCGCUAGCUUACAUGCCGUCAAAAUAAUUAGAGGAUCGCCUGAUUCGGAGGAGACUUCAACGCCCAGUAAGGUAUCCAACUUUAAAGGCCCCGUAUACGAUAGAAAUAUUAUUAAAAUACAACAAACUUUUCCAGCAUGCUUGGCGGGUCGUUCUGAACCGAAAAGGUCGUACACACUAUGGAUCUAUUUCCAUCUGUUAUCGAGCUGUGUCAGAAAUCAGAUACACGUAUUUACAAUGACACGACAAUCUUCUUGUUUUAUCUAUGUUUUGCUUUUACAGGAAAUCUAAAGAAUAUUGCUCAAAUUGGCGGCCUUCCAUCUGCAAAUAUAGCCCUCUGUUCCAUUGUUGCAAUGAACCACCGCAAUUGUGAUGUGCGAUUCUUGAUGUCUGUUGCACCAGCCUGAUGCACCAUAGCUGUUAAUCUACGACUAUUGUCGGAACGAAAUCAACUUGCCGCUCAAGGCCACCGAGGAGCUCUCCUCACCACACUGGUUUGAUUACCCCUCUUUUCAUUUCGUUACAUAAAUCGUGAUUGAUAGACAGGAAGAGUAUAUUUGCAGACCAACGUUGGGCAAAAUGUAUUAAUAGAAAGAAAUGUUUCAGUUAUUUAUUAUUUUGUGCCCCCUUGGUUUGUAAGGCGAUUUCCUCCCGCUAAAAGUUGCAUCCCCCCACUUUGGAAAACACUCAGCAUUUUGUACUUUUAUUGCUCGAUUGAAAAAGGUACAGUACUGUCUCUUUUCUUGCGAUCAAACUCGAAACUGGUCAAACCUAAACGGGCCGUUCGAAGAGGAUGUGAUGGGAUACAAACACCGGGCCAGCAGGGUUUUAAUUAGCACAGCUUCCGGUUACUCGAGUUGAAGAAACGGUAAACAUUAGUGUAGGUGAUUCCGUCGCAAGUAUCCCUAACGUAGAUUGAUACAGUGAAGCGAGGCAGUACUGUGAUCAAAUAAAUAAAUAAUUAAUUGUUGCCCAACUAUGCUGCAAACGUUUUCUGUUUCUCAAACAUGAAGGUAAGUUAAAAAUGGGAGUUCGACGCGAUUCGCGAAAGAGGAAGUGGCUUUGAGUGGCUAAUUAAAUUUGAUUCGACUAUAGUCGCAACGCAGAAGUAAGACUGAGCGCCGUAGAUCAUCGACCAACGCUCAUCUCAAUAACGGAUGGAAGUAAAUUCGUAUUGUACCAUUGAUCUCUAUUCAGAAUGACUUGCUAAACGCACCGAGAGUUCUCUAUACUUUGUUAAUCUCUAUUUAAGAUCAUAGAAUUCUUUCGUAUUGGAGAUCCAGUUCCGUUAUUUCAGAAUUCUCCGGAAACGUAAUUUUCUAAUUAUUUUGAGCGGCAUAAUUUCUACGAAAACUUACAUUGUCGUCACUUUUAUACCAGAAACCAUCGAGCCCUUUUUUUCGUGAAUAAGAGAAUGAGAGAAUGAAAAUAUGAGAAAAUGAGAGAAUGAGAGCGAAACGCACUUUUAUAUAUUGUACCUACGUUAAGAGACCUGCCAAUGAGAGGUCGAUGGGGAUUGUAAGUACGAAGUACUAGGUAAAUAAGUAAUUUUAGGAAUUGCGUCGUGAAAAUUGUCGAAGGAGGCACGAGACCGUUUGCGAAACAAUACCAGUAAUUAUCAUGACGUUAAAAAAAAUAGUGAUUCAUUGUUUAUAUAAAUCGUAUCACUUUUUUCCCAAAAAAAUAUCCUAAAGUUGAGUACGGUCAUGGAAUUUAUUACAGAUUUUUCCAAUGGCAAAGCAAUCGAUCUUUGAGGGUAUAGAUUUAUUUUGUUCGCGAUCACGUGACUCCUUACAAUUUUACCACGCACUUAGUUAAUAUACUGCGGACGAAACAAAACAAUUCGGAGCUUCCAUUUUAAUCAAAACGCCUGGAAGCGUCUUCCUGAGCCUCAAGGGGAACAUAAUAUGUCCUAACUUACCCGAUUUAUCAAAACUUCAGUUGUACAUAAGCUCACACGAAUUGUGAUCGUCGAAAGAAAAGAAAAGAUUUAUUUUCCUGCGUCACAUCUUUCUUUGGUUCUCCAGAGUUUGAGGGUCGAGGUUUCAGGGUCAUUACGCAGCUCAAAUCCCCUGUAAUUACACGCAGAACUUCGAAAUGCUGGAAAAAAAAACUGUCUGCACGAAUUUCCGGCCGGAAAUAUUUAGUGCUCUUAAAACGUUCGACCCUUUUAAUCGCAUUGAUUUCAGAAGGACUGACGGCUUAACGAUUUGUGCACGCCAUUCUCGUUAAUUAAUCUUUAUCUGGAUUCAUUGGUCUUCCCUCGAACGACACCUUCCGAAUUUGGCUCUUCUUGCGCUAAUAUUUUAAUAAUAAAUUCAAUAUAAAGACAGCGUACGCUAGCUGAAAUAUUUGACGAAUGAAUUGUCCAGGUAAGGAUUAAUCUGGAUGUGUCGGGGCGAAUUAAUACGUAAACUUUGUAUAAGUAAUGUAUAAGUCUAAAAAAAAAGUGUACAGGUUUCUCGUCCGUGCUCGAAGAAAGAUGAUUUUUUGUACAAACUUUCCUCGUCGCCGCAGACUCGUUCCAUUCGCGACGAAAGUGAAAUCGAGUUUUCGUUGCUUUCGAUUCUGUUUCUUUUUCUUUUGAUAACGAUGUUCAUCGUCUAGCCAAACACAGAGAAAGAGACGUAAGAACGAAACGAGGUGGGGAAAAAAUGAGUAUACACAUGGUAUACGGUAAAACACGAAGUACCGCAAAUAUUUAGAAACAUAUUCGUAA